AUGGAUACACAGCGCCAGACACUGUGCAGAUCGCCUUUGUCCCUGAAACCACAGAUCCUUGCAGACAGACACCCAGCACAAACCACCCGAUCCUUGCAGACAGACACCCAGCACAAACCACCCGAUCCUUGCAGACAGACACCCAGCACAAACCACCCGAUCCUUGCAGACAGACACCCAGCACAAACCACCCGAUCCUUGCAGACAGACACCCAGCACAAACCGUCCGAUCCUUGCAGACACCCAGCACAAACCACCCGAUCCUUGCAGACAGACACCCAGCACAAACCACCCGAUCCUUGCAGACACCCAGCACAAACCACCCGAUCCUUGCAGACAGACACCCAGCACAAACCACCUGAUCCUUGCAGACAGACACCCAGCACAAACCACCCGAUCCUUGCAGACAGACACCCAGCACAAACCACCCGAUCCUUGCAGACACCCAGCACAAACCACCCGAUCCUUGCAGACAGACACCCAGCACAAACCACCCGAUCCUUGCAGACAGACACCCAGCACAAACCACCCGAUCCUUGCAGACAGACACCCAGCACAAACCAUCCGAUCCCAGGAUGCUGCCGAGCAUCACCAGCACCCUCUCCCUCCUGGUUGAGCAGCACGCCAGCAGUGCCCUCAUCCAGCCUCAGGCUCUUCUCCUGCUGCCGCUGCUGCGGCCGCAUCCAGCCCUCCUUUCUUUAGUUUCACAGUUGCUUAAUUUAAUUAAGAGGAACAACG